CAAUCAUCCAUGCAACGACCCUUUCUUUUUGUUCUUCGGCAUGGACUACUUUUGUUCGUUGGCUUCUUAACGUUUUGUACUCUUUGACCAUCUUAGUUAUUCACUUUUCCCUUCUUCCACCAUGAUUGUUCCAAAACGUCCUCAAUAUUCACCACCACCCAUUAAUUUAUAUCCAGAGCUGGCUCUGAAUCAUUUUACGAGAUCUUCUACACCAAUAUCACCCCCAAGUACGCCUCCAAGAGGGCACAGACCUUCUAUUUCCAAGCCAAUGAUUUGGCUAACUCGCAAUACGAGUUCUUCUUCAAAUACUUCACCAAUACCAGUUGCACCGAAACCUGUUCGCAUAUCAGAACCCAGGUUUGAAAACUCCUUGGAGAUCUUCAAUGUCAAACGUAGUGGGCCUCUUGGAAGUGGUGCAAUGGUUGUCAGAACUCCGCGAGAGGCGCUGUCUGGUACGAGCGCCCUGUUUGGCGUUGAAGAUGUUGCCGGGCAACGAGAUUCGGGGUUUGAGGCCUCCCUUGAGGAGGGAAUGGGCUUGUCUGUACUUUCCGAUGAUCCGCCACCUCCGCCAUCGAAGUCUCCGCUUAAGUCGUUUACCCCACCUAUACCCACCCCGACAAAUAACAGCUCGUCGAGCCUUCCGGUGAAAGAGACAUCCACACCACCAUGCCCAAUCCGUCCUCCUCCCCCUCCACCAGUAUCCUCCUCUGCAACCCUUCGUCCCGCCAUCAAGGCAAGGAUCUCCCGUUCUUUGGCAGACAAUUUGCCACCCGUGCCAGCACUUCCUAUCAACAUCUCUGCUACGCCACCCCAGCCUCCUUUCGAACCCAUUCUACUGUCACCUGUCCCUAGCAGUGCGAUUGACCCUUCCAAAAUUAUUGUGACAAUAGAAACGAGCUCAGAAACACUCCGCACGACACUCCGCACUCUCAUUUCGAAGCCUUCUUACCUGUCAAGCUAUGUCACUUCCCUCUUGCCACGGAAAUCAGUCGCGGCAUCAUUGUACUCCAAUGCAAGCGAUAUUUCUGAGCUUCCAGACAACUCCUUCAAUGCCAUGUUUCAUGAUCACUUGGCAUCUUCAGGUUUCAUAUCACAGUCCUCCUUGAACAUACAUGUAUUCCUCGACAGGCCAAGUGCUCCAUACGCGCACAUCUUGUCCUACCUCCGCGCUCCCCUCUCCUCUCCAGGGCAGCCAGCCGUCAUUCCUAGAGCCGUUCAACUUGCGUCCUCGUCACGAGCGAGGCUUGAAGCGCUACUCGAGCUUCGUGACGAAGCCACUUAUCUUGGUUUGGAGGAGCUUUUCAGGCUAUGCAAUGACGAGAUAUGCAACAGGCGCAGUAUGGUGAGCCAUGCACGCGCUGGAAGCAUGAGCAGCGCAGCUUCCAUCCACUCCCUACACACCGUCCAGGAAGACAGCCGCGAAAUGGGCCGUUCAUCUUCUCGCUCCAGCGGGAAAUCGACGCGAGUGACAUCUCCGCCAACUGCUGCACUCGGGGAACGCAGCCGGAGCAGAGGAGAGAACGAAGAGAUUGCCCCGAACUCCCGACAAGCUGCAAUUACUUCCUGGAUAUGAUAUAUGUGACGAUUGACAUGACCAUGAUGCUUUAUUUUCUUUCGUAACUAUCUGACCGCCA